GAGAGGGGAAGAGAGAGAAAGAGCCGCCGCAUCUUGUGGAUUUCUUUUGCGCACAGCCGGUGGACGUGGUUCUCUCUGCUGUGCCUCUGUCACAUCCACACCGGGAGUUGGUCUCACUUCUCGCAGAGACAAAAUGUGGCAUCGCACAAUAGCGACAGUCCUUGUUUUAUUGUCUCUUGUGGAGGACGCGCUGGCCGGGUUCCCGAAUCAAAUCAACAUCGGUGGGCUGUUCAUGCGCUCCACGGUGCAGGAGCACAGCGCCUUCAGGUUUGCUGUGCAGCUGUAUAACACCAACCAGAAUGCGACGGAGAAACCCUUCCACCUCAACUACAACGUGGACAACCUGGAGUCCUCCAACAGUUUCUCUGUCACGCAUGCAUUCUGCUCCCAAUUCUCCCGAGGAGUGUACGCCAUCUUUGGCUUCUAUGACAGGAAGUCCAUGAACACGCUGACCUCCUUCUGCGGAGCCCUGCACACCUCCUUCAUCACACCCAGCUUCCCCAUCGACGCCGAUGUGCAGUUUGUCAUCCAGAUGAGGCCCAGUCUGCGUGGCGCUGUUCUCACUCUGCUGGACCACUACAAAUGGGAGAAGUUUGUCUACCUGUACGACACUGACAGAGGAUUUGCGAUCCUCCAGGCCAUCAUGGAGUCGGCUGUAGCCAAUAACUGGCAGGUGACGGCGCGCUCGGUCGGGAACAUUGUGGACCCCACAGAGUACAGACGCAUCAUCGAGGAGAUGGACCGACGACAGGAGAAACGCUUUCUCAUCGACUGUGAGGUGGACAGAAUCAACUCCAUACUGGAGCAGGUGGUGACCACGGGAAAAAACAGCAGAGGAUACCACUACAUCCUUGCCAACUUGGGCUUUUCCAAUGUGAGCCUGGAUAGAGUCUUUUCUGGUGGAGCCAACAUCACAGGCUUCCAGAUCAUCAACCCAGACAGCACCAUCGUCCAGCAGUUCCUCCAGCGCUGGGAGCGCUUGGAUGAAAGAGAAUUUCCAGAAGCCAAAAAUACUCCUCUGAAGUACACAUCAGCGCUGACCCACGACGCCAUCUUCGUGAUUGCAGAGGCCUUUCGCUACCUUCGGCGACAGCGAGUGGAUGUGUCUCGCAGGGGGAGUGCAGGUGACUGCCUCGCCAACCCUGCUGUGCCCUGGAGCCAAGGCAUUGACAUAGAGAGAGCCCUGAAAAUGGUCCAAGUACAAGGUAUGACAGGAAACAUCCAGUUUGACACAUUUGGCCGACGAUCUAAUUACACAAUCGACGUGUACGAGAUGAAGUCGGGAGGCCCCAGGAAGAUCGGCUACUGGAAUGAAUACGAAAAAUUUGUAUAUAUAAUGGAUCAACAGGUCACCAACGAGUCCUCUUCUGUGGAAAACCGAACAAUUGUGGUCACUACUAUUAUGGAAGCUCCGUACGUGAUGUACAAGAAAAACUAUAUGCAGAUGGACGGGAAUGACAGAUAUGAAGGCUACUGUGUCGAUUUAGCUUCUGAAAUUGCGAAACAUGUGGGGAUAAAAUAUAAGCUGUCAAUAGUGCCGGAUGGGAAGUACGGUGCCCGAGAUCCAGAGACCAAGACGUGGAACGGGAUGGUGGGUGAACUGGUUUAUGGGAGAGCUGAUAUAGCUGUGGCUCCUCUAACAAUAACGCUGGUGCGAGAGGAAGUGAUAGACUUCUCUAAGCCCUUCAUGAGCUUGGGCAUCUCCAUUAUGAUUAAGAAGCCUCAAAAGUCCAAGCCCGGGGUGUUUUCUUUCCUGGACCCACUGGCCUAUGAGAUUUGGAUGUGUAUAGUUUUUGCCUAUAUUGGCGUGAGUGUGGUGCUCUUCCUGGUGAGCCGUUUCAGCCCGUAUGAGUGGCAUCUGGACGAGAACGAUGAGGCCAAAGACCCUCAGAGCCCCCCAGACCCUCCAAACGACUUUGGGAUUUUUAAUAGCCUGUGGUUCUCCCUGGGUGCCUUCAUGCAGCAAGGAUGCGAUAUCUCGCCAAGGUCUCUUUCAGGGCGUAUCGUCGGAGGAGUGUGGUGGUUCUUCACCCUCAUCAUCAUCUCGUCCUACACGGCCAACCUGGCUGCCUUCCUCACCGUGGAGAGGAUGGUCUCUCCGAUCGAGAGCGCUGAAGACUUGGCCAAGCAGACAGAGAUUGCCUACGGGACAUUAGACUCAGGCUCCACUAAAGAGUUCUUUAGGCGCUCCAAAAUAGCCGUUUAUGAGAAAAUGUGGUCAUACAUGAAAUCGGCAGAACCCUCAGUGUUUGCCAAGACAACACCGGACGGAGUUGCCCGGGUACGAAAGUCGAAGGGCAAGUUCGCCUUUCUACUUGAGUCCACUAUGAACGAGUACAUAGAGCAGCGGAAGCCAUGCGACACCAUGAAAGUGGGCGGUAACCUCGACUCUAAGGGCUACGGCGUGGCCACACCCAAAGGCUCUGCAUUAAGAACUCCUGUAAACCUUGCAGUAUUGAAACUCAGUGAACAAGGCAUCUUAGACAAGCUGAAAAACAAAUGGUGGUACGAUAAGGGUGAAUGUGGAACCAAGGACUCUGGAAGUAAGGACAAGACAAGUGCAUUAAGCCUGAGCAACGUGGCAGGAGUCUUCUAUAUUCUGGUAGGAGGGCUUGGCCUUGCUAUGACCGUGGCUCUGAUAGAGUUCUGCUAUAAGUCACGACAAGAAACUAAAAAACUGAAGCUGGAGAAAAACGCUCAGAACUUUAAGCCAGCCCCUCCAGCAAACAGCCAGAAUUUUGCCACGUACCGUGAAGGCUACAAUGUGUACGGGACAGAGAGCGUUAAAAUCUAGAAGAGAUCAAUCUUGUGAUGCAUCUGGAUGGAAAAAGCCACUGUGUGUGAACCCGACACCUCGAGGCCGGCAUCCUGGAGACAACAGCCUUCCUCCUCAUCAGCUUGGGACACAAGCCUAAAGUUAACAAGUGCUCAUUUCGGUUCGUGAGACCCGUCACACUAACAGAGGGCAAUGACACAACAGGGCUUUUGCUUCUGGAAACAUGGGAUUUGCCUCUUGUAGUGCCUUAUGGAGCAUUUCAGCAUCAUGGCAAUGCAUUUACAAUUUGACUCACAACAGGAAAAAAAUAAUAAUAAUAAAACAAUCCAUGGAACUGUGGCAACGCGUUGCUUCAAAUGACAAUUAGAUGAACUGUUGUGAUUUUUGUUUUUUUUUCCAUUUCGAAGAAGAAGAAGAACCAUGAUUUGCAGUGAGAACACCCUGAAGUCACUGGAAUUCUUUUUGUGGUGAAAUGUUGAGUUGGAUAAAUAUAUUUAGUGCAGUAAAAGUCAUUUUCUUGUUUUACUCUAAGACUAUUUUCAGUGUCAUAAUAUUUAGGACAAGCAUCCAUCAGUAAGGAUAUAGGUAUCAAUAAAACGAACAUUGUGCCCCAGCUUUCAAUAAUAGGAAACUAGUGGUCAUCUGACAAUGCUUAGGUGGUGUUAACUUUUAAAGCCUGUUGGACAUCGUGUAUUCACGUAGAUGCUUGUUUUAAAUCAACUCUGUCUUGACUGCCACAAUUUUCAAACGAGACAGGUUGUUUUUUUGUUUUUUUUUGAUUAUUGAAAUGAGGUCUGCUUUUAAUCACUCUGUGCCAUAUUUUUCAAUUCAGACAAUUUAGAAAAAACGACCAGCCCAUUUUUACGUCACAGCAUAUUGAGAUGAUUUGAAGUGAGCGUGCGGUCUACAUUGUCGUGUAAAUGCAGCGUCCGCAGCUCGGAAUCUCAACGUUUGUUUUUUAACGCCAUAGCUUCGUUGGUUGUGCUGAGCUUUCUGUGCCCACGUGUUAAGCAGAACAUGAGCUGGUGAAACUGUACAUCGAGGGAAGUGCUACGAAAACAUGUGUCUGUUUGUAUAAGUGAACUUUUCUAUAAACUGGAGGAACUAAAAAAUGUAAAAAAAAAAAAAGAAGCUAUACCACGUAUGACAUCAUAUGUUUAAGUAGAUCAGGCUUUCUCAUCCUUUUUGUUCCCAGAUAAAGUGCAUGUGAAUUUGAU